AGAAAAAACAAGAGCUAACAAAAAAUGAAUACAGACAUCACAGCAUCAGCAAAGCCAGAAUAUCCAGUUAUAGAUCGCAACCCACCCUUCACCAAGGUCGUGGGCAACUUCAGCACCCUUGACUACCUCCGCCUCACCACCAUCACCGGCGUUUCAGUCACGGUCGGCUACCUCUCCGGAAUAAAGCCUGGGAUAAGGGGCCCAUCAAUGGUGACUGGGGGAUUAAUUGGACUGAUGGGUGGGUUCAUGUACGCGUACCAGAAUUCUGCAGGGAGGCUUAUGGGAUUUUUCCCUAAUGAUGGAGAGGUAGCCAAGUACAAGAAGUUGCUCUAGGGUUCUUGCCCUGUCUUGUGCUAAUUUGUAGCAUUUCUUUACGUUUUCUAGAGAUAAUUGAGGAAAGGAAGGAACUUUGUGACGGUUUUGGUGAAAAAGGUGCUAUGAGAAAUAAUUAGACUCUGGCUACUCUUUGAUUCGGAUUGUUUUUGUUCUCAGUUUAUAUAUUGAUCAUUCAAGAUGCUUCUUUUACUCCCAA